ACUCGCGGGGUAUGUUGUGUACUGUUUAGAUUGGAUUUCGUGUGUCGUAGUACCUUCGAUACGUAUAGCUCGAUCUUCAGCUAGCGAAGGCUGAUCCUUUCCGUGCCAAGAACACGUGGCUUCCUAGCUGGGGAUCACACCGAGAACCCGCGGAAAAUCAUCGCCAUUCGAACCGUUUCAAUUUACUUUUCGCCUACGGUUUCGGGAUUUUUCCUGAGCAAUCAUACCGAUUCGAAUACGAGCCUAAUUCGGCCAAUGCCACUCCUAUUUAUUAUUUAUGAGCGGGCAGUGAGAUUCGGUUGGGAGAACCCGAGAUAACAGAAAAAGGCAGUCCAGAAAAAAAGAGCUCAAAAGAAAUCUGUGUUUAUAGAUCUUCUCCGGCAAGCGAAAUGAAUAUCAAUACAUGAAUUAUACGGAUAGCAAUUAAAAAUUCAGUGACCUACGAGCGCAGCCAUCGUAAAUCAAACCGGUGGAAGCGAACCGAGCCUCGGCAGAAAAGGCGGAUGUAAUCCAGCUUUGCUUGUUCAACAAAUUGCUCACCAAUAAUGUUGGUACUAAAAUAAAUAAUCCAUCCGCAGUAGAGUUAUCGUUUGUAAUCUUCAACGCUCCAAUCAACAAGUGCGUGUGCCUUAAACCAAUCCGUGGAUCGUGUGAUCGUAAAUUUCCUUUUGACUGACCUUGCACUCGCCUCUCGGAAGCCAACGGAGGCAAGACGAAGAAAAAGAUAUAAAGCAGGAUUAACGUGCACCCGGUGCCGGAAGUGAAGUCCAGUUUCUGUGUAUAUUAUUGGCUGGUAGAUUGUGCAAAUCCAACCGAUCGUGCGGUACUUUGCGAUCGUACGUGCGUGUCUGUGUGUGCCGAAAUUCGUUGUGACCAUUCCACAUCAUCGUCAUCAUCACCUGUUCGGGCGAUAUAAACCACCCAAAAAUCGUCCUAUAUGGUAAUGGCAGAGAUCGGUGGCCCCUUGGCGCACCAAUUGAAUCCCCUGCAGAACCAUCGCGGAGGACUGGUGCAGCCGUCGCUGGUGAUGAACCAUCACCUGGACCCGCUGGACAACGGGGGUGGAACGUGCCAUACGCCAAAUAUACUACCAAAAAAAGAACGUCUCUCGCUGUGCGUCGGUUGCGGAGGCCAAAUACACGACCAGUACAUCCUCCGUGUAGCACCGGACCUCGAAUGGCAUGCGGCUUGCCUCAAGUGUCAGGAGUGCCGACAAUUCCUGGAUGAGAACUGUACCUGCUUUGUGAGAGACGGCAAGACGUACUGUAAGCGAGAUUAUGUUAGGUUAUUCGGUGCCAAAUGUGAUAAGUGUGGGAACUUCUUUAGUAAAAACGACUUCGUGAUGCGGGCGAAAACGAAAAUCUACCACAUAGAGUGCUUUCGGUGUUCCGCUUGUACGAGGCAACUGAUACCGGGAGACGAAUUCGCGUUACGGGAUGGGGGCGCCUUGUACUGCAAAGAAGACCACGACAACCUGGAAAAGUCAACCCACAACAGUCUGGUACAAAGUGUGGAACCGAACAACAACAUUAGUAGUAACACCAAUCAGAAUAACAGCAGCAGCAACAACAAUAACAAUAACAACAACAACAACAACAGUAGUAUAAGCAAUAACAAUCACUCCAGCGAGCUUGGGUCGAUGUCGGAUUCUGGCAGCGAAUCAGGCUCGCACAAAAGCAUGCGAGGCAAAGGACCUAGCGGACCAUCCGACGGCAAACCUACGCGAGUGAGAACGGUGCUCAACGAGAAACAGCUGCACACCUUAAGGACCUGCUACAACUGCAAUCCUCGACCGGAUGCCCUGAUGAAGGAACAGCUAGUUGAGAUGACCGGUCUGUCGCCCCGCGUUAUACGAGUUUGGUUCCAAAACAAACGCUGCAAGGACAAGAAGAAAACCAUCCAGAUGAAACUCCAGAUGCAACAGGAGAAGUACUUUCUUUCAAAUCCUACACAGGAAGGUCGUAAACUCGGCUACGGCUUGCAGGGAAUACCAAUGGUUGCCAGCUCCCCGGUACGGCAUGAUUCUCCAUUGAAUCUGCACGGUCUGGAGGUGACCGCCUAUCAGCCGCCGUGGAAGGCUUUGUCGGAUUUUGCGUUGCACUCCGAUCUAGAUAAUAACGGCGCAAUCAAUACCCACACACCUGCAUUCCAGCAUCUAGUCAAUCAGAUGCACGGUUACGACGUUGGCGUUGAUGGAGGCGGUGGGGGAAUGCCACCGAUGCCACCACAGGGCCAGGGUGCGCCACUAGUCUCAAACAUGGACGUCAGUGGCCACCAUCCGGACAGCACCGAUUCCUACGUGACAUAUCUGGAGAGCGAUGAUAGCAUACAGGGUAGCCCAUAAAGAUUCGAUGUCCCCGACCGAACCGUACCUAGCACCUUGGAUUGGAUUAUUUGAAAACCUGAACACCUGAUAUGCUUUUUUGACCCCGAUGUGGUUGCUUGGAGUAAAACCCAACAAGUUGCAAUAUUUUGGAAUGAUCAUACGUUACUUUUGUUUAGUACGCAAAGAUAUUAUGUAAAGCUAAUUUAUUUCAAACUACAUUUUCUGUUUGUAACCUCGGAAUUCUAGCCAAUCGUACUUUAAAUGUUGUUUUAAGAUUCUGUAGGCAAUGGUUCGCUUACACGUUUGCGAAAUGAUCGCAAGCGGAUAACAUCGUGUACAUAGUUGUAAGAUAGCAAAACUAAUAUACAUAAAAUACAAGUUAUUCGGGCAUUUUCCACUCCCUUGAAAGGUAGCAUAAUCAAAUUCAAAGUUACAAUGGUCUCCUAAGUAUUAAGGUAUUAAUUUUUAAAGCAAUGAUUCGCUUGUACAUAACGUUUUAAUUUAUUAGUCUUACGAGUCAUCAGAAUGCACAUACUGGAACCAGCACGAACUUACAGAACAAGGAGGCGUUCUUCGGAAAUCGUAAGUUUGAUAAAAAAAAAUCGAACAAAACACGAGGUUUCCAGGAGAGAAACACUAGGCUAAACAAGAAUAAUUGUAACUGUAAAAUAAAUGAAUCACUUGUGAGAUUUAGCAUGCAAAUUAAACCCGAAAGCAACAAAAAAUUGUAACCUAAAGCAAAAUUGUACGAUAUAACAGUGUGACUGUAUGGAAAAAUAAAUUAGAUUGAUUAUAAA